CCCCAGGGAAACUGUGAGAUCUUCGAGAGCAGGGUCUGUAUCUCAGGCAUACUCCUAACUGUGCACAUGGUCUGGCCCAGAGGGGGGCCCCUUUAUUCACUGUACAAGGUAUGGAGGUCACACUAUGUAUUGGGCUUGGUGCUCUACGCUGCCAUUUUAGUAUUGAACAAGACACCUGCAGCCCAUAGUCUGUUUGGGGAGAUAGAUCAACAUCGGUUAGGAAAGGAGAGCAAGGGUAACGUUUGAUCCAAGAUCAGAAAGCUGAGAAAGGCCCUACUAUGUGAAAAUGUGAGUGUGGGGGCAGGGAGGAGGACUCCAGGAGAGAAAAGUACUGUGCAAAGGACCUGAGCCUGGAAAUGAGCACACUUUAUUGGAGGAACAGAGAUCCUCCUUGACAUUCCCAUGAGGACCUGAAACUCCACCUCAGUUUCUUCUCCACCUAAAUCUGAUCCUCUGCCAUCAUCCCUGUCUUGGCAAAUGACCCUACCCUCCAUUCCUCUACUUGGCUAAAUACUGAGGUGUUGAACUUGUUGUCUCCCUGUAUGGUAAUGCUAUUCAGCUAUAUGCAUCACCUCCUAAUGGAGUCAGUCUUGCUCUUCCCCGAAGCAUGCUGGGGGUGAAUUCAGGAUGGAGAUGGACUCGAGCUAAGGUACAGGGCCUGGAGUGGUAUGACUGGGCUGGUGGCCAAGGCUGAGGAAUGCCUUAGCAACAGAAGAAAAACAUCUGGGCCUGAACGUGAAGUCCCUGGGAAUGCUGAAUGCCCAAGAACAUGGGAGAAAAUGAUGAGCCUUGGUCCCAGCUGGAAUGGUAUAUAAGCUUGUGUCCGUUGCUAGGCAGUUGUGGAGCACUAAACUGGUCCAGCCACCACCCUGGGGCGUGGUCCCUUAAGUAAGCUUCCCAAUAAACCAUAUAUCAUGAUUGCUGGUUCUAGAGUCUUUCUUCAGUCUCUUAGAGAUGCAGUCGACCUUGGGUUCAGGUGCCACUGGCUUGUUACACAACACUCCCCUUCUCUCAAGCUCCCAUCCAUCCAUCCAUCAGCACACCUGCUAAGCUCUACCUACAAAAUAGGCCCCAAAUCCAGGCACAUACCUCCAUCCUGACCCAAGCAUUCAGUCGCCUCAUAUGCACGCGAAAGCUGGACCGUGAAUAAGGAAGACGGAAGAAUUGAUGCCCUUGAAUUAUGGUGUUGGCAAAGAAUAUUGAGUAUACCAUGGAAUGCCAGAAGAAUGAACAAAUCUGUCUUAGAAGAAGUACAAUCAGACUGAUCCUUAGUAGCAAGGAUGGCGAGACUACGUCUCACAUACUUUGGACAUGUUAUCAGGAGAGAAGGCCAUCAUGCUUGGUAAAGUAGAGGGUCAGUGAAAAAGAGGAAGACCCUCAAUUAAAUGGAUUGACACAGUAGCUGCAGUAAUGGGUUCAAGCAUAACAAUGAUUAUGAGGAUGACGCAGUGUUUCAUUCUGUUGUACAUAGGCUCGCUAAGAGUUGGAACUGGCUGGAUGGCACCUAACAACAUCUCCAUCCCCAUGACCUCCAUGCUGGAUUUCCUCCCCUCGAAUAUCUCUCAGCAGUGGGCAGACAGCUCUUCUGUAGGAAUAAAUCAGAUAGGUCAUUCCUCAUUAAAACCCUCUAACGGUGGCUUUCCCCUUGGAGGGCCUGCUGACCUCCUGGCCCCAUCUCCCCCAUGCUUGCCCUCGCUCACUCUUCCCCAGCUACACCACCUCCUUGCUGUUCCUAGAACAUGCCCAGCACUUCCCUGACCAAGGGCUGGAACAUCCCUUCUCUAACUCCUCCUUCCAGUCUUGGCUCAAAUGUCACCUCCGAGAAACCCUCCCUGAGCACCCCUUCUCGGCCCCACCUUGCUUCUAUAAUGACAUGUGUGUGUGCAUUAUAGUAUGCGUGUUAUUUGCUUGUUGUCCAUCCAUCCCCAGCUAGAACGGCCACUCUGUGAGGGCAGGCUUUGUCUUAUUUCACUGUUGUUCCUUUUGUGCUUUGAGCAGUGCCCAGCACAUAUUACGAUCUCAACAAAUAUACUGAAUGAAUGAAUGACCACAAGGGUGUCAAGGUGGUCAGUGAGGAAUAAGGGAGCAAGAGGCCAAUAGAAAAUGGACUCAAAGACCAGGUAGGCCCCUGUGUGCUGAGGUGAGGAGGAAGGGUCUUAUCCUAAGGGGCUAGGAAGGCUUUGAAGGGUUUUAAGAAAGUGAUCAAAAGACUCGAUUUUUUUUUUUUUUUUUUUAACAGAUUCCCAUUGGCUGCUUGGAGAAUAGGGAGGGGAGAGGGCCGGAGCUGAAGACUAGUGGAGAUGGGAGCUGGGCCAGGAGGGGAUCAACAAGGGUGGAGAGAAGUGACCAGACUCAGAACCUAAUUUGAAGGUUACCUAAUGGCACUGGAGGGAGGAUCAGAUGUGGGGAUACUGGAAAGAGGAAUGAAGAAGGACUUGGAGAUUUUAGUUUGAGCAAUUGGGAGGACGGUGGUGAGCUUUCAUCGGGGACAGGAGGUCUGUGGGAAGACAAUCCAGACUCUCAUCUUGGCAGAGUUCGGUUUGAGAUGCCUGAGAGAUGCUGUGAGGAGGGAGGUGGGAGGUGGGCCCUCAGAGGUGGGAUGGGGACAGAGGAAACCAUCACCCUAAGUGAGUGGAUUGAGUCGUCUGUGGUUGUGAGUAUAGAUAGAGAGGAGAAGCAGGGGCUGCAUCCAGGUGGCCAGGGCCUUCGCACUCCCCCAGCCCCAAGGGCUUGGUCCCCUAGGGACCUGGUGACAUGUGACACUAGGACAGUCACCCAGCCGCCCGGGGCCUCCUGGGGCACAGACUCCCUUGGCAGAGGCAACUGCUGCUUAAUGGUGACAUUUCACUUCACGAGCAUCCUGGCUUCAAAGUCUCUGCAGGAGUGGGAGAGGGAGCGGUGGGGGUUGGAGAAGCCAGGCCAGUGUGGGGGAAGGAACUGGGCCAGAGCAGGGCUGGUGAUAGAUCUGGCAGCCAGGCAUUUGCUGACAGAAGUCCUCAGCUGAGGUACCAGGGGUCUGGGAGUGGCCCCCCUCCCCCACAGUCCCCAAGGGACGCAGAGUUGUGGGGCCCCUUGAGUGGUCCUAGGGCUCAGGGUCUGAUGUUGGGCCCUCUGACCACACCCCUGCUCAUCCUCCCCCAGAUGUCUGGCAAGGUGGCCAUUGGCAGUGAUAUUGGGCAGGCCCGUCGGGCUGCAGAGCAGCUGCGGGUGGAGGCAGGCAUCGACCGCGUAAAGGUGAGGGGCAGGGCAGGGCAGGGCAGGAGGUGGGGAGGUGAGGGCACAUCUGGGCUGAGGGGGCAGGUGAACAGCCAGGUCUGGCUGACUGGGUUGGUCUGCAGGUAUCCAACAGCCGCCGACCUGCUGCAGUUCUGCAUGGAGCAGACCAAGAGUGAUCCCUUCCUUGUGGGUCUUCCAGCUGCCACCAAUCCCUUCAAGGAGAAGAAGACCUGCGCCAUCUUAUGACCCUGCGGCCUACAACCCAGGGCGCCUCAAUAAACAUGAAGUGAAUGUUCCUCAGGGCAUGGCUGGGCUGGGCUAACAUGGGGGCACGGAGGGGGCUGUGGCCUUGCCAGGGCCAGGCGCACACGUGGCCCAGCCUCUCUCCCUCUUUACCUCCAGGGUCACCACCAAAGCGGCACACACACAUCCUGGACAGAAGAGCAUGCACCUACCACCCAUCCCACCCUUACCCCACACCUAUGGGAUAGUAUACAUGGCUUUACGCUCCCACUGUGCACACACCAGGUUAGAGUCAUAAUCUGCACGCCCACAGGUCUCACACACACACACACACACACACACAUUACAUGCACACAUACCACACACAUUUCACACCCCCCCACACAGCUCUCUCAUUCACACACACACGUACCUCUCUCACACACACAUACACACGCACAUGCUUGUGUCUCACACACACAGGUGAGAACAUAAAACAAGUGCCCACGGUCCUCAAGUCUCUCUUCCUCACACACACCCUCACAGGCCUGCAGAGACACAUAGACAAGGUUACCAUAGUAACAAACACAGCCAAACCUGCCUACCCAGUGACACAACGAUACACAUGAUCACUCAUGUGACUCAUGAAAUACACUGUUGGUGUGCACAGGCACACACAGACACAAGUUAUGGAAACAAGCACCUGCAGCUUCCACACCCAGUGCCACCAACAUGUACGGCCCAGCCCUUACACACUGUCUCUCAAUGUUCACUCACACACACACCCCUACAGCAGCCCACCCCCAAGCAGACACUAGUGGGGCUACACCAACCUCACAGU